GUUCGUCGUUGUCUUUCUCUCUGACCAUCCGUCCAUCCGUGAGCCGGAGGAACAGGUAGACGCACCCCUGGUAUUUUCCGUUCACUGGCUAACACAUCUACGGAGCGAUAGGAGACUCUCUAAUCCUCCACCAACCUGUGAAGAAAGCAUCCAUUAUCCCGUCUUCAACCCGCGAAACCCACGACACAACCCUUCCGUUGCAUCUUCGACAUGGCACCAGGGUGACUACUAUCUACCUGAACUGUCAAGCUCUUCCAGGUCCAUCCGUUGGAUGCAAAGCCUGCCAAAGAGAUCGAUUCGGAAAGUCCAUUCAGGUCUUUUGUCCUUCAGGCCUGGGCUUCGCAGACGAUCGAUCCCCGCCCAUCCAAGCCACAACGACGACAUUCCCAGCCUUUGGUCGUCGACGGACUCGGCCAAGGACUCGUCGGACCAUCAGGGCACGCUCUACUCGUCGACAGUGUCAGAAGCCAGCACGGAAGAAGACGUCGAAUUCGGGACCGACCUCCAGCGCAUCAGCUGCAACUAUCCGCCUGAACCGGAUGGUGACAUGGACAGGUAUCUACGGAGUUUGCCUGCCCCGUUCGCAUGGGAAGAUGGCACAUUCUCCUCAGGAUCGACCAUUGGGCCUAGCCGCAGAACCGAGUGCCUUACCCCAACGGUCCCUGAGGCUCGCUCCACAAGGUCGCCUAGCACCAGGACUGCGGGGACAGGAAGCCAUGGGACGGCACCCAGGGAUGGUAACUCUGGUGUCGGAGCUGAGAAGGAGAUGAGUCCGGCUAGUGAAACCCCCCAGCCUAUGGCAUCGACCUCAUCUCCCCGCAGCAUUAGCGAGUCGUACUUUUCGCAAUCAACAAGUAGCGAUGUGGAGGGUCUGUGCAUCACCGCCGCAGUUCCUUCCAUUGCUGGCGCCGCUAAGUCGCAGUUGCCCUCUGAGACAGUCGACACUGACAGGGGUUCCUCGUCCGGCUCUCGUGAACCCAAAAUUCUCCCAGUGCCAAUCAUCGAGAUAAGCAGCUGCAGGCCUGUCAUGACGAGCGCGAGCAGGGAUUCUUACGCGUCUGAAAUCCCAUUGAUACUCGACGCUGAGUUGGCUAUGGAGACUCAGAAGCCGUCGACUCGAGAAAUAUCCGGCUCAAUGCAGGAACACCGUUGUCUGACACACUCGAAUUGAA